AUGUCCAACCCCGUAAAUCACAAUAUAUCCACAAGUGAAGCAAAGGAAGCACUUGGAAACGAAAAUAUGUUGGAAACUUUAACUGAUUUCAUAAUUAGAGCGUCAGAAAUUCUAGAUAAUUAUGUCGAGUUAAAAUAUAAUAAAAAUGAAGAAAGUACAACAUCUUAA